AGGCGAAGCGUCGAAGGAGGAGGAGGUGGGUGGUAUUUUCCCAGGACUGAAGGAAAUGCUUAAGAUGAAUUCUGCAGUCAUGUACUCCUCCUGCCAGCCUCCACAAAGGAAUAAGAGUAUUUUUUAUAUCCUACUUGAAGAUGAACCCUAUGGCAGUAAGCUAUUUCCUGCAGGAAGCAUGUGCUACGUGGAUGAGCUGUCUUACCUGCGGUAUAUCAGCUUGGCAUCUACUCAUUUUUGGAGGUUCGUCAUGGAAGAAGACGGCUCUGUUGUCACAAUGAAUGUUGAGAAGCUGCAUCCUCUGAAUGAGAAGAUGGCUGAUUACCUUUUGGCCAUCACCAACGUUCAGGAACGGUUGAACUGCUUUCUGCAGAAGCACGUUCUGGAUGCUGCCAUGAACGCUAGGCUUGGUCAGCAAGUCUUGGUAGAAUUAAACCACCAGACUUUCUCUGGCACCAUCUGCUACAUUGGGAAGCUUCAUGGAAGUCCUUCAUCGUUGGGACACUGCCCUGUCUACUUUGGAGUAGAGUUGCAGGGUGACGGGGAAGGCAAAGGCCACUGCGAUGGUUCCUAUAAUGCAACGGGAUACUUCAAGUGUAAACAGGAUUGCGGCGUUUUUGUGCCGUUUAACAAACUCCAGUUUCUGCAAGGCCUGGAGAAUGAAAAGGGGGAAAAGGCAGAGAAAUUGGAUGAAACUCAGGCGAUGCCGGUGAAAGUGGGGGAUGCCAUUGGCUUCUAUGUGGAUGACGCCUUCACCCGCGGGAUAGCCAUGGAUGUAUACAAAGAGGGGAGCACCUGGAUGGUUAAAGUGUGUACGGAAGAAGUAGGGUCAACAGACAAUUUCCGAAAUAUCCCCAUGGAUUACGUGGUGAAAGAUGAGCUGCUGUCUCCAGGGCUUGAGUUAGACACCGAUUUUGGGCCUUUUCAAGAACAGCCAAAGCGGAAGGGGAGUGAGAGCGCAGAGGAGAAGGAAAGCAAGCCACCACUCAGCAUCAACUCCGUGGUUCAGAUUAACUUAGAGAAGGGGAACCCAGUCACAGGAACUAUCCGCUGGAUUGGCUGCCUGCCCAAAACUCAGCAGAAAAUGGCUGGGAUAGAGCUGGAUGAAGAGAAAGGAGUUUCAGAUGGCGAGUUUGAGGGCGUUCGCUACUUCCUCUGCCCGCCGAAGCGGGGGCUCUUUGUGAAGCUGGAGGCGUGCCAGCCGGACAGGCGCUUUCACCCUAAGAACCUGAUCUCCCAAGAGCCCACUGAGCUGGAAAAAUAUUCCAGCACACCCGAUGCACCAGAUGCAGUACUGAGCAACUCCCCUCCCCUCCGGGAUGACAUGGCGGUGAACAUCCUGCGUGGGCGGAUGAGGGGCAUCCAAGGACAUUGCAACUCUUGCUACAUGGAUGCUGCGCUGUUCAGCCUCUUCUCCUGCACUUCCGUAUUGGAUUCCAUGCUCUUCAUGCCGGCCCGCCCUCGGGAUUGGCACAUCCAGAAGAUCCUCCGAGACAAAAUCGUCAACCCCCUUCGGCAGAAUGGCUUUGUGGCCGCAAGGAGCGUGAUGGACCUCCGGCGCCAGUUGACGGAGAAGGGGGAGUGCUCCAGCUUUGCCACUUCUGAGAAAGACCCUGAGGAGUUUCUCAAUCUGAUUAUGCAUCACAUCCUGGGGAUAGAGCCACUCCUGAAACUGCAGUCUGGGGGCCUCAAGGAGCAAGAGUGCUACUGUUACCAGAUAUUCAUGGACAAGCAGGAGGACCUGGUGGUGCCCAAUGUUCAGCAGCUGGUGGAGCAUUCCUUCCUGUCGUCCGAUCUCAAGCUGGUGGAGAUUCCGUCCUGCUUUAUCCUUCAAAUGCCGCGCUUCGGGAAAGAAUACAAAAUGUUCAGCAAAAUUAUCCCUUCCUUGGAGUUGGACAUCACUGACCUGCUUCUGGAUAGUCCCAGGGAGUGCUUUGUGUGCGGAGAUGUCGCCACCCAGGAAUGCUCUGCCUGCUUCAAAGACAAGAAGUUUGCAGACAUGGGGCUGAAGCAGUACUGCGACUCUUGCUGCAGCCAGGUCCACUCUCACUACCAGCGCAAAGGCCACCCGACCACCAAGCUGCACAUCCCCCAGGAGUUUUUCCGGGACGGCCCUUGCGGCGGAGUGCAGGUCCCUCGAGAGAAGCUGGAGCUCUUCGCCGUGCUCUGCAUCGAAACCAGCCACUACGUCUCCUUCGUGAAGUAUGGGCCAGAGAAAGAGAGCUGGAUGUUUUUCGACAGCAUGGCCGACCGGCACGGUGAUGAGAAUGGCUACAACAUCCCCACGGUGACCCUGUGCCCGGAGGUGGCCAAGUACCUGGAGAUGCCGGUGGCCACUUUGGCCAUGCAGCAGCCUAGAGACAUGGAAGGGGUGGCCAAGCGCCUCUUCUGCGACGCCUACAUGUACAUGUACCAGAGCAAGAAGAUGGCGCUUUACAAAUGACGGCUGGGUUGCGUCAUGUCACCAACCACGGAACGGAGGCGAUGGGACUCCUCGGAGUUAUUCCGCCAUCGUUUUCUUCCGAAACUUCACUUCUCCUGGUUGCAGCGCUACGUUUGACGAAGGGAAUCCGUGAAACAAUUUCCGCCAUGUGCAAACCACGUGCGGGAAGAUCAUCUUUGCUCUCGUGGUUCCCACUCAAGUUCUUAGCAAUAGCAUGACCCGAAACUGUGAAAACAGGACCCCGAGGCCAGGCUGGGACUGAACUGGGAAGGGGUCCGGCCUGGGUUUCCUCACCUGGGUUCUGUGAAUCCAAAUCUUCCAAUACAAGCAUAUAAAAUAUCUCAGGCAAAGAUUCUUCUCUAGAUUCUGGGUCUGACCUCGAAUCCUAAGGGACCAGCAAACUACUGAAUUGCACAUUGGGCUUGUCUGUAUUCCGGGCUUUUUAUGUGUACGCAAAUGGCCACUUUAGCUUCCUACAGCCUCAAAUUAGGUGCCAAGAGAAGCUGUGAAAUGUUUAGGGUAAAAUAUUUUCAGGUCUCUGGAGGUUUCCCCACCUUUUCUGCUUCAAGCUUUCCAAUACUUAAGGCAGGCAUGGGCCAACUUUGGCCCUCCCUCCAGGUGUUUUGGACUUCAACUCCCACAAUUCCUAAC